UUCAUCUCCUUCUAUGAUGGGGUCAUGAUGGUCAUAGUCCUGUUCAACUCCGCAGUAGAUGUGGCCUUGACAUUUCCCAGUGUUUCGAUCACAGCAGACUGCAAACGUAAACUCAAUCCGCUUUAACGAGUUUGUUAUCAACUAACGUUAACGUACAGAUCGUUAAACGACCAUCGCCCUCCUGAGAUGACCGCUGAAGCUUAAUGGGAUUUAAAUAAUUAUUAAAAAUUGUGCUUAUGAAAGAAAAAUACGCACGUCUGGCUUAGUUUCAGUGAAUAUGGUGGACGUGUGUAGGAUAUUGAAGGAGUCUGCUCUCCGCUUCAUCUCCUUCUAUGAUGGGGUCAUGAUGGUCAUAGUCCUGCUCAACUCCGCAGUAGAUGUGUCCUUGACAUUUCCCAGUGUUUCGAUCACAGCAGGCUGGCAUCUUAUGGUGUUGGAAAUGGUUUUCCUGGCUUUCUAUAUUGUGGAAUGUCUGUUUAAAAUCAUAACUCUGCGUUGCAAAUUUUUCCUUUCUGUGUUGAAUAUUCUAGACCUCUUGAUUACUCUGGUCGGUGUGGUGGACCUGCUCGUUGAUGUCAUCGACCCCAGAACAACAGAGAGCAGUCACUUUGCCUCCUUUUUCAGAAUCCUUAAAAUGGUCAAAGGUCUUCGAGCUGUGAAGGUCUUCAGGAUCUUGCGGGUUUUGGGUUACUCUAAGGAUGCACAGCGCACAUGGAGAGUACUUCAACGGUCCACGAAAUCAAUCAUGGUGAUCUUGUCUCUCAUGCUAGGCAACUUCCUAAUGUUCUCAGUAAUCUUCCGGGAAACCUUCAGUGAUUCUGACCCACAGAGAUUUGGUUCGCUGGUCAAAACCAUGGCCUCUCUGAUGCAGGUUAUGUCACUGGAUGACUGGCUUAGCGUCUAUUACACCAGUCGAGACAACGGUGCGGGAUAUAUCAUCAUCUUUCUAGUUCUCUUCAUCUUGAUUCAAUGUUACAUCCUUUUGUGUUUGGCCGGAGCUGUGCUGCUGGAUAAUUUUACUCAGGCUGAUAAGGAACCCAGGGCUGGAGAGACCACAGAGAGCCAAUCAGAAGAGCAGACAGAUCAGACCAUGAGUGAUGAGGAGUUCGAUGAAGAGACCUGCAAAGACGACACCUUUGAACAAAACAAACACCGUGCACAAUUUUCAUUAUGCUAUAGGAGGAAAGCCCUGAUGGAAAAAUACUGGAGGCUUCGGGAAGCAAUUGCAAAAAAAGAAGAGGAAUUUAAAAAACAGAUCCGGGUCCUCAGUAUGUUCACGAAGGUCAUCAUUGAUGACCCUCCUGGACCUUACGUCGCGAGUGGAGACCUAAGAGGCCACAAUGAAGCCUAAAUGUGUGUUGUGGUUUUUAUUCAUUUGUUUAUAUUUGUUCAUAGAUUUGUAUUAAUAUCAGUUUGUUUUAUUAUUUUUUAAUAUUUAAUGUUUGAAUUAUUUAUAUGUAGUUGAUUAUAUUGUAUUUUAUUUAAUUCAAUUUUAAUGAU